AGUCACCAAAAUAAGAGAAGUCCGAGACGGCUUCCUCCUCCCUCCCCAGAGUAGGUAGUAGGGGCAGAGGCGGGUAGCACCUCACUUUACCCCCCACAUCGCCUCUCCUGGUUGCUGGAAGUUAGGGUUGGCUCGCCCCAGAUCGAGUCACCCGCAGCUGGCUCCCUUGAGACCAGGUUUCCGGCACCUCCCAGGGAUCAUGCAUCAGUCCUAUUGACCCAGGAGUAGGGGUCUGUGGGGGCAUCUGGAAUGGGCUGUGUGUUCUGCAAGAAGUUGGAGCCUGCAUCCAAGGAGGAUGUGGGCCUGGAAGGGGACUUCCGGAGCCAAACGGCUGAAGAACGCUAUUUCCCUGACCCCACUCAAGGCCGGACUUCGUCCGUCUUUCCUCAGCCCACCAGCCCUGCUUUCCUCAACACUGGCAACAUGAGAAGCAUCUCAGGGACCGGAGUGACCAUAUUCGUCGCCCUGUACGACUAUGAGGCCAGGACAGGGGAUGACCUCACCUUCACCAAAGGCGAGAAGUUCCACAUCCUGAACAAUACGGAGUAUGACUGGUGGGAGGCUCGCUCCCUGAGCUCCGGACACAGAGGCUAUGUUCCCAGCAACUAUGUUGCUCCUGUGGAUUCCAUCCAGGCUGAAGAGUGGUACUUCGGAAAGAUCAGUAGAAAGGAUGCAGAGAGGCAGCUUCUGUCCUCUGGUAACCCCCAGGGGGCCUUUCUCAUUCGGGAAAGCGAGACCACCAAAGGGGCCUACUCCCUGUCCAUCCGUGACUGGGACCAGAACAGAGGCGAUCACAUAAAGCAUUAUAAGAUCCGAAAGCUGGACACGGGCGGCUACUACAUCACCACACGGGCCCAGUUUGACUCCAUACAGGACCUAGUGCGGCACUACAUGGAAGUGAAUGAUGGUCUGUGCUACUUGCUUACGGCGCCUUGUACCACCACUAAGCCCCAGACUCUAGGCCUGGCCAAGGAUGCCUGGGAGAUCGACCGGAACUCCAUAGCACUGGAACGCAGGCUGGGCACCGGCUGCUUUGGAGAUGUGUGGCUGGGCACAUGGAACUGCAGCACAAAGGUGGCAGUGAAGACGCUGAAGCCGGGCACCAUGUCCCCGAAGGCAUUCCUGGAGGAGGCACAGAUCAUGAAGCUGCUGAGGCACGACAAGCUGGUGCAGCUGUAUGCGGUGGUGUCGGAGGAACCCAUUUAUAUUGUGACAGAGUUCAUGUGCUAUGGUAGCUUGCUGGAUUUCCUAAAGGAUCGAGAAGGUCAGAACUUGAUGCUGCCCCAUCUAGUGGACAUGGCUGCCCAGGUAGCCGAGGGCAUGGCCUACAUGGAACGCAUGAACUAUAUCCACCGAGACUUGAGGGCAGCCAACAUCCUGGUGGGGGAAUACCUAAUAUGCAAGAUCGCUGACUUCGGGCUGGCACGCCUCAUAGAGGACAAUGAGUAUAACCCCCAACAAGGAACCAAGUUCCCCAUCAAGUGGACAGCCCCAGAGGCCGCCCUCUUUGGCAGAUUCACUGUCAAAUCAGACGUGUGGUCCUUUGGGAUUCUGCUCACUGAACUGAUCACCAAGGGCAGAGUUCCCUACCCAGGUAUGAACAACCGGGAAGUGUUGGAACAGGUGGAGCAUGGCUACCACAUGCCGUGCCCUCCAGGAUGUCCUGCAUCCCUGUAUGAGGUCAUGGAGCAGGCGUGGCGCCUGGAUCCAGAGGAGAGGCCCACCUUUGAGUACCUGCAGUCUUUCCUGGAAGACUAUUUCACCUCCACAGAACCACAGUACCAGCCUGGAGACCAGACAUAGCCUGACUGGGCAUCACUGACCCUCUGGGAGUAUGUACUUGCUCUUGCCAAUCCCCCGGGGCACUCUGGUCCCAGUGCCCAAGACUUGGAACCCCUGUGGAAUCCUAGCACAGGAUCAGAGAAGGUCCGACGCUCUGAAGCCAUUUUAUAGAGGGUGCAAAUGGAGACGAGAAACUCAUCUCUUACCUCCUCUGACCCCAAGUGUUCAUUUUUCCCUUCCCACCCAUGCCCCAUCCAAAAAUCUAGGGCAUCCCACUCAUUUCACAGAUGAAGUAAGUGGAUGCUCAGAGCUCCUCUCUCGAACACUCUGACCCCAGUACCACUUUUCCUGUCCCAUUAGGCUCCGACAUACCGUUAGUCUCUCUCCCCAUCUCCUAAAAAUACUCAUCCUUUGUCUAGUUAUUUAUAAAACUGUAUUUCUCUUCUUCCACUUAUCCCUUAUUCCUGCUUUCCUACCUCCUAUCAGCCUGCUCCAGCCCAGACCCUAAGAAUUUAAUUCUUAGCAUCUCUUGGGUUUCUCUACAUUACAAAAGCCUUCAGACUGGAUGCUCCGGUCCGGGCCCAGGUCUGAGGGAGAGAGCUGUUGAAUGCUCACCACCCCUCUGAGGGACGUGUAUGUGUGUAUUCAUUAUGUAAGAACAACGAUGAUAUGCACACCAGGCUAGAACAAUUUCCUGAGCCAUCUAUGGAGAGGGGUGGUAGUCUGCAGGAGGCGAACAGGAUAGCUUUGGCUAUUUGUGGGGAGGGCGGAGUGGGGUGGUUAGCAGUUCCCUCUUACCUACUAAGUGCCAGAUACCCAGCACGUGGGGCUUCAGGGCACCCCUAUGUCCCACUGUUCACCCACAUGUCAGUUCACCAUGAGUUGAGAGACCCAGAAAGCAGGUGAUUGCAAAUAAGACAAAUGUGGUUUUGAAUCUUCGUACAGCUAAUUCUUUACCUGAUUUCAGCCUACUUCCCAACCAUCACAGGCACACUGGCACAGUCUUAGGCCUCCCAUGGCAGAGGCAUGGAGAAGAAUACAACAAACUCUCUACAGCUCUCAGGCUCCCCAGAACACAGCAAGAGGAGGAUGAAGGCCUAGCUCAUACCACCUCACUGGGGAGUAGGGUGGGCUCUUCCCCACCCCAGGGAGCUUUUGGAGACCUUUGGAGAUAUUUUUAUUAUAGUGACUGGAAGCACCUACUGGCUGGGAUCGGAGAUGGUAGACCAUCUUUGAUGUACUUCUUGGAUCCUCUGUGGAGAAACUGGUAGCUGACAUGCCUCUUUGGAAACCAGGAGAACAGGAUAUAUGGAGUCUCACCUCUCCUGUCAGGAAGUGUUUAUUGGCCCUCUGGCUUAUUGCUGGGAGAGAGGAAAGGAGCCUGGGAGUUUGGAGUCACUAAUGCACUAGGCAAUUACUAAGAAUUGACUCUGAUGGGCCCUUCACUGAGCAGGACCCUGAGCAAAUAAAAAUGAGUAAGAGCUAUUCCUAUCCUGGAGGCUUUCCCUUGGGUGGAGAAAUAAUGAAUGAAUAAAUAAACAUAUACUUACCUUUUAAGAAAAAAAAAAAAA